CAAGGAUUUGUGACCAUCUACAGAGAAUAAAAUAUCUCUACCAUGCUUUUAUUCCGCCCAAGCACUCGCAAAGCCCUUACGAGGACGCGUUACCUUCAUACUGCACAUGCAGCUGAUCAACGGAUCGCCUCUUUGGAGUGUGAACGCAAGUUUGGCAUCACCAAUACCAUCCUCUCCCGAACAGCCAAUUGUGACGGGCAUCUCACAUGGAACGAAGCUCCCUCAGGAAAUGUUCUGCGGGCUCUACGCACAGGCACCAGAGUCUUUGAGGACCGCUACUUCGAUACCGACGACGCUUUGUUUCGUCAAGGAAAAUGGAUUCGUUGUCGCACAAUGCUUGAAGGAGCGCGAUCGACCGCAGCAUGGGAAGCAAAACUGCGAAUCGAUGGCGACUUCACGACGUCCAGUUUUGAAGAAGUCACAGGCAAAGAAGAAGUAUCUAGGAUAGCGAUGCGAUUUCUGGGUAUCUCGGACAUUGAAUCCCUCCAUUCGGUCGCCCACCUUAUCACAGAGCGCUCAACAUGGUCGGUGAUAGAGGAGAGCGUCAAGGGACAGACACCACAGCCGUCGAAAGCAUCGUCGCCUCCACAAUCGAGAAUCAAAUUCAUGAUUGACAAGUGCCGCUCGCCGCUCCAGCAGCAAGAGUCUCUCGCCCAGCUCCGCAUCAGUCCUUUCGAACAUGCAAUUGGAGAAGUUGAGAUCACACAGGAUUUAUUAUUAACAGGUAGCUCGAAUGACGACGCAGCACGGCGCAAGAAUGUCACCGAGUGCAUCCAUAGAGAAAUCGAAGCCUUCAUGCAGCGGUACCCUGGUUUGUUUGCGGCUCAUGUAUCGCCCAUUGGAAAGCUUACUGCCUUCUAUGAAUGGCAACGGCAGGCUUGUACCUCAUAAAUAUUGAUACCCGACGUUCAUACUAUCCGUACAGAAGAAGUGAG